GCGAGCUAUAACUGCUUUCUCUGUUUCUACAUGUUCAUGUUCUUGUUCUUCUCAUACCUUGGACAACAAUCCUAGUUAAUAGGUUUUCUUUAUGUCCAUAUAGCUUUGUCCCCAGCUGAGUUUGCUCGUCCCCAACAGCAUAUUUAUCCCAUAGAGAUUUUUACGACUGAUCACAAGGUCGAAUUUCCAAAACAUUAUAUCUCGAACGAUGGACCAUGAUAAAUGGAUGGCUGCCCCUUAUCAGGUCCUGCUUUCUUCCCCUUUGGAAUCCUAUCAUCUUCCAAACGGACUCAACAAUUUCAAGGGUGGUUCCGAAGGUUUACACAAGAGGAGGCUGAAGGAAGUGAGGCAUUUAAUCGAAAAAGUGGAGAAGGGAUCUUUAGAAAGUCUAGUUAUGGUGGAUGCUCUCCAACGCCUUGGCAUUGCCUACCCCUUUGAAGAGGAGAUAAAGAGCAUUCUGCACGAACAACAUUUGAUCUCCAGUUUUGAUGGCCACCCCAGCAGAGACAGUCUUUAUGAGGUCGCACUUCGUUUUCGACUUCUACGGCAAGAAGGCUAUUACCUGCCUGCAGAUAUCUUUAAGGGCUUCAAGAGCAAAGAAGACAACAAUGUUGGAUGUGUUUUCGAUCCGAUGCUCGGCAAAGACGUUUUCGGGCUAAUGAGCUUGUAUGAAGCUUCCCAUUUGGGCAUGCAAGGGGAAGAUAUACUCAGCGAGGCGGCGGAAUUCGCUAGAAAAGCCCUAAGUGGUUCAGCAGAUAAAUUUCUAAAUGUUGGUGACAAUGAUAUCAACGGCGUGAGCUCUAAACUAUUAGGAGAGCUUGUGAGGAACACAUUGUCAAAUCCCAUACAUAAGAGCUUGCCAAGGUUCACUUCCAAGAGCUUCGAGGUUUAUCUCAAAGGGCACUAUCACUAUGAGUGGACCAGAGCAUUUAGGGAGCUGGCCAUUUUGGACAGGGACUUGAUUGCGUCCAUCAAUCGCACCGAGAUCCGACAAGUAUCCAAGUGGUGGAGAGAUCUAGGGUUAUCGAACGAGUUAAAGUUUGCAAGAGACCAGCCAAUGAAAUGGUACAUGUGGCCGAUGGUGGUUCUACCAGAGCCGAAAUUGUCAAAAGAGAGAGUGGAUCUCACGAAGCCAAUCGCCAUGGUCUACAUCAUUGAUGACAUCUUCGAUGUACAUGGAACCCUCGAUGAACUUACUCUCUUCGCAGAAGCCAUUGACAGAUGGGAAUGUGCCGAAGAACUACCCAAUUACAUGAAGACAUGCUUCAGGGCUUUAGAUAAAUGUACGAAUGAAAUCAGCUUCAGAGUCUAUACAAAGCACGGUUGGAAUCCAACAGAUUUACUCAGGAAAUCAUGGGCGAGCCUUUGUGAUGCAUUCCUUGUGGAAGCAAGAUGGUUCACUUCCUCCCACUCUCCUCCAGCCGAUGAGUACUUGAAGAAUGCAAUAGUUAGCACCGGCGUGCCCUUGGUGAUGGUUCACUUAUUUGCACUCCUUUGUGAAGAUACGGAUAGACAAAGUACGGACACAAUGAAGAGCUUCCGGGAAAUGUCAUCCUCCACAGCGAAGAUUCUGCGUCUUUGGGACGACCUUGGAAGUGCCAAGGAUGAGAACCAAGAAGGGCACGACGGGUCGUAUGUGGACUACUACAUGAAAGAAAACCCUAGUUGCUCACUUGAGGGGGCAAGAAACCAUGUGAAGGCGAUGAUCUCCAACGCAUGGAAGAAUCUAAACAGAGAAUGCCUCUCUCCCCAACCAUUCUCUCCUUCCCUAGCCAAGGGGUCACUGAACACGGCCCGAAUGGUCCCUCUAAUGUACGAUUACGAUGAGAACCAUUGCCUCCCGAUAAUCCAGGAGCACAUGAAGUCACUACUACUUAACGGUUCAGUUUGAGAGAAAUAAGACUCAUUGCACUUUGAGAGAACAGACAUUUUCACAGAAGUGCAUUUUAUAGUUCCGUUUGGGUCGCAGGCUUAUAUUAAUAAAUAAAUCAAUAAUUACAUAUGUAUCAGUAUAAGAAUCGUGUGUAUCUUUAUCAUCCGUAUCAAUAUAUAAUAGGAGAGAGAAACCUCCUUUUGGUCUCA